UCCUCCACCACGUUUUUCAUUGUUUACAAUCGUUCGGCGCAAAGAAACUUGUGUAUUUGAAGCAUAACGUGAAUGAAAUGUGACAUGUUUAGGAUUUAGAUAAGUAGCUUGCCGGAAUGUUCUAAUUCCAUGCCGAGCAUCCAACACGGAUUCUUUCUCUGCAAACAUUUGCCUGUUAGUCUAGCCUAGUAGACAUGGCUUUUGCUCCCGCUGUGUGGUUAGCUGCUCAAGCAGAACUCUACGAGGACGACGAAGAGGCCGAGGUAAACAACUUCCCAGAGCCACAGAAAAACUACUUGGGCGAUUACAAUGAUGAUUAUUUAUUUGAGAGGUUCCGCUUAACUAGACCUUGCAUAAGUUUCAUCACGGAUUGCGUCAGGCUCCGGAUGAAAGCCACGCUCCAGCAAAUGAAUGGACCUUCCGUCGAUGAAAUGGUGAUAGUGGCACUGGACUAUUACGUCAAUGGUAUUUUGUCGACCAAAGUCGUAGAUAUGAUUCAAAUGGAGCAAAUGGAGAUUCACGAAGUCAUCAACAAUGUCUCCAAAGUGUUGUCAGGUAUGGUCAGGGAGUUUAUCACUUUCCCGGCGAAUGGUGAGGAACGAGCAAAUGUGGCGCACGAGAUCAAGAAAAUAUGCGGGAUUCCGACCUCCAUGGGCUUGGUGGGAUGCAUGCAUGUCAAGGUGAGACCACCUCAUCACGACAAGGAAGCUUUUCGGAACACAAUGGAUAACCACACCGUCAUGACCCAAGUCAUAUGCGAUUGUGAAGGGAAUUUAAUGAGUGUUGAAAACUGCUGCGUUGGCAGCACACCAGAGCAAACCAUAUGGGAUAUGUCGGAUAUUGCCCAGCAGCUAAAGCAUGGAGCACAUGGGACGCAUUGGAUCAUUGCCGGAAAAGGCUAUGCAUUGAGCAGACACCUCCUGACGACCGUUUCACCAGCCAAAGAGAAAGCGGAUCGGCGGUUCAAUGCAGCCCACGGCAUGAUCCACUCGGUCCUCCAGAGGACCAUCACCUUGGUGAAGAGGCGCUUCAGGUGCCUGGCCAAUCUGGGCCACGUGCAGCAGAACAGUCUGGACAAGAAGGCAGAGAUCAUCAAGGCCUGCUGCGUCUUGCAUAACAUCGCCAAGAAGUUCUCGGUGCCUGUGCUCAACGAUACCGUGCUAGAGACUAUGCACCCGGCCGAGAAUCACCAGGUGCCGGUGGUGGAGGUGCCUAGCUACGCAGAGAAAUCCAGAGCUGCCAUUAUCGGCAUUUAUUUCUCGCAUUCCUCCGGGAAUGACAGCAUUUCAGACUGA